AUGACGCUUUAUUUUAAACAGUUUAAAUUAGUAAAGAAUAUCAUUUACUACAUUAUUUUUAAAAUUUCUAAUACCUCUCUCUAUACUUUUAGAAGCAAUUCAUGAAUGCAGUGAAAAGGACUGUCCUGGUGAAAAUGCCAUAUGUAAACCGUCGGGUCAUGAUUACACUUGCGUGUGUAUGAAAGGUUUCAAACCAAAAGAUGAUACUAAAGAAGGAGAAAAGGAUUUAGACUGUAUUGCUGACUACGUUUGUAAAGGCACUGAAUGCAAGCAUCCAUCAUCUAAAUGCGUAGCCAAGGGUGCUGAUUUCUUUUGUGAAUGUGAACCUGGAUACAAACUAAGGAAUGGCAGACAAAAAGAAACAAAUAAAGAAGAAUGCGAAUUUUCAUACUACGUUUGUAAAGGCACAGAAUGCAAGUUUCCGUCAACUAAAUGCGUAGGCAAAGGUACUGAUUUCUUCUGUGCAUGUGAGCCAGGAUACAAAUUAAAGAAAGGCAAGACGAAAGAAACAAAUAAGGAGGCUUGCGUAUUUAAAAACAAAUGUGAUGAUGAUGUAUGUGACAGUAAAACAACUGAAUGCGUUCCAGUAGGUUUUUAUGAUUAUUAUUGCAGUUGCCUUGAUGGAUACAAACCAAAGAGAGAAACUGUAAGAAGAAAUAAAGAUGCGUGCAUAAAUCUAAUGAUGAUGCUUCAAAUGGAGUUAACAGUUUUACCAUUUCUAAAACAUUUGCAGCUUGAAGAAAUAUUGUUUACAUACAGCUAG